AUGGAAGGCUCCAGAAAUGGGCCCUGCCCCUCAAGGCACCUGUGUGCCUCCAUGCCCACUGUGACUGCUGUCAUUCCAGGUCACCCGUCUCCAGCCCCGCCCGGCCAGGCCAACAGCAGCCGAGCAGACAGCCGACCUGCGGAGCCAGGGCAGCGGCUCGGGAUCCGGCUUGUGAACGGGAGCAGCCGCUGCAGCGGGACAGUGGAGCUCUGGCGAGGGUCGUCCUGGAAGCCCGCCUGUGGGGACUUCUGGAAUGACAGCACCACGGAGGCCGUGUGCCAGGCCCUGGGCUGCGGCGGGGUGGGGUCAGCCGUGCAGCCUGCUCUGCCAACCCCAGAGAUGCUGCCAGGUCCCCACGCGUGGAACACCAGCAGAGACCCGAACGCCACGUGGGCCCUGUACCCGGUGGUCAUAUGCGGCCGCGGUGCCGAAUGGCGGCUCUGCCAUGUGGAGGACGACACGUGUAGCAGCAGGCGGCCGGCCCAGAUCACCUGUGCAGAGAACCAGGCACUGCGGUUGGUGGCCAGCAGCAGCCGCUGUGCUGGCCGUGUGGAGAUGCUGGAGCACGGCCAGUGGGGCUCGGUGUGUGACGACACGUGGGACCUGGAGGACGCCCACGUGGUGUGCCGGCAGCUGGGCUGCGGCUGGGCCAUCCAGGCCCUGCCCGGCAUGCACUUCACGCCCGGCCAAGGGCCCAUCCACAGGGACCAGGUGAACUGCUCCGGGGCCGAGGCCCGCCUCUGGGACUGCCCUGGGCUGCCAGGACAGGGCUACUGCGGCCACAAGGAGGACGCCGGGGUCAUGUGCUCAGAGCACCAGUCCUGGCGCCUGACCGGGGGCGCAGACCAUUGCGAGGGGCAGGUGGAGGUCUACUUCCGUGGGGUCUGGAGCACGGUGUGCGACGGCGAGUGGUACUCAUUGGAGGCCAACGUGCUCUGCCGGGCCUUGGGCUGCGGGAACGUGACCAGUUGGCCCAAAGGGGGGCCCCACUCCCUGUCUGGCAGGAUGUACUACUCGUGCCGGGGCUGGGAGCCCACCCUCUCCGACUGCAUCUGGCGCUUCAACAACGACAACCUCUGCACACAGUCCCAGGCCGCCAGGGUCCUCUGCUCAGGUUCCCGAAGUUUGCUCAAUCUGUCCACACCCGAAGUCCCGACCAGUGUUCCGCCGGUCACUGUGGAAACUUCUGUGUCGGAGAAAAUAGAUUUGGAAUCUCGGGAGCUAAGGCUGCUCAUCCCCUGCAUAAUUCUGGGAGUUCUCCUCCUGGGCUCCCUCCUCGCCAUAGGCAUCAUCCUCUUGAGAAUGAAGGGGAAAUACGCCCUCCCCAUUAUGGCGAACCACCAGCACCUGCCCACCAGCACCCCGGCAGGGGUCAAUAGUUACCAAGAGGUGCCCAACACCAUCCCCAAAGAAGAAGAUCCCAAGCUGCCCAUCCAGGUGCAGGCCCCACACCCCGAGGCCUCGGACUCUGACUCCGACUACGAGCACUAUGACUUCAACAGCCAGCCGCCCGUGGCCCUGACCACCUUCUACAAUUCCCAGCGGCACCGGGUCACAGACGAGGAGGUCCAGCAGAGCAGGUUCCAGAUGCCCCCCUUGGAGGAAGGGCUUGAAGAGGUGCAAGCCUCCCAGGCCCCACCUGCAAGCCCUGGGCUCUGCAUUGCAGACACUCCCUCCCUGGGGCCCCAGCACCAGCUAAGGAUCAACAGUGGGUCCAGCACCUCCUCCGGGGAGCCGUACUGCAAUAACCCCAGCAGCGGGGUCCCUCCCUGGAGCCCUCCAGUGUUUUCUCCCGAGACAAGCCCUCUCCUGGAGCAGUCCCCGAACUUGGAGCUGGCAGGCUCCCAGGGAACUUUUUCAGCAGGGCCCUCGGCGGAUGACAGCUCCAGCACCUCUUCCGGGGAGUGGUACCAGAACUACCAGCCGCCGCCCCAGCCCCCUUCCGAGGAGCAGUUCGGGUGUCCAGGGUCCCCCAGCCCCGAGCCCGCAUCUACCGAUGAGGACUACGACGACAUCGGAGCCGCCUAG